CAUAUUCUAAGUUUGCUGAUCUUGUAUUCAAGUUCAAAUCUGUAUAAUCUGCUAACGUAAAAUUCCCUCAAUCGCCGUUUCUUAAGAUUUUGAAUUUGAUGAUCUCUUCAUCUUAACUGCCGGAAUCAAUGAAGAUGCCCAAAUGGAGUUUCUUGGUUUCCAUUAUUUUAGGCCUCAUAUCAACUGUUGUUGUUGAUUCUAUGCGCUUCGAUCUUCAAUCCGGCACCACCAAAUGCAUUUCCGAUGACAUCAAGGCCAAUGCCAUGACCGUCGGAAAAUAUUCGGCAGUUAAUCUCAACGAAGGUUUUCCCAUUCCCGAUUCUCACAAGAUCACUGUCAGGGUUAGUUCGCCUCAUGGCAACACGUAUCAUAAUGCGGAUCAUGUGGAAUCUGGACAUUUUGCGUUCACUGCAGCCGAGACUGGGGACUAUACUACAUGCUUUUGGGUUCCCGAACAAAAUCCUCCAGGUUUAGUUUCUGUUGAAUUUGAUUGGAGGUCCGGUGUUUCUUCUAAGGAUUGGUCUAAGGUUGCUAAGAAAGGCCAGAUUGAAGUAAUGGAACUUGAGUUGAAGAAGUUGUCCGACACAAUCACCUCCAUACAUGAUGAGAUGUUUUAUCUGCGUGAAAGAGAGGAAGAAAUGCAACUACUGAAUAGAUCAACGACUACAAAGAUGGCCACUUUUAGUAUCUUAUCACUGGGAGUUUGCUUGUCUGUGGCUGCUUUACAAUUAUGGCAUCUCAAGACAUUCUUUGAACGCAAGAAGUUGCUCUGAUUUUUCUCCCACUCUCUAUUUCUGAUAUAUUCUUCUCUAACAAAUUACUUAUUAGUCCUUUUCUUUUCCUUUUUAAAAACUUCAAAAUUUAAUAAUAAUAAUUUGGGUAUUAGAUGGAAAAGUUUAUGUUGGGCCGUGGGAAGUAUUGAGACAUCAACGUUCCUUAAAUUUCUACAUUACUAUGCCAUGUUCGUGUUUAAAGAUACGUUUUUAAUUCUUUUUCUUUCCAAAUAAUUAAAGAAAAAUUUAUUUA